UGCUCGUUAAGCGUGACUGGACGUUUCACUGUACUACUGCUCUCCUCUCUGCCUGCACCCCAGUGACUCCUUUUCCCAGGCAGCACAGCGCAAAGCAGCGAUGCUUAAUGCUUGGAUUUUUGCACGCUUUAACGCAUGAUUUUGAAAAGAAAUCCCCAAAAUAUGCAGAAGAAGCUGACGGAUAACCGGACUCUCCCAACAUCAUCGAGGGCGUCGUCUUUUUUCAUCGAAAAUCUACUCGCAUCGGGUACACAUGGCCGGGAUUCUCUGUCCGAAAGCAGUCGAGGGGUUGCGGCGGUGCGCACAGACUCCACCAGCCUGGUCUCAGAAGCACGACAGAGCGUUAUGCGCGCGGCAGAUCCCGGUAGCUCCAGCUCAGCCACGUCCCCAUGUACAGAGCCGCUGGUGCACUGGUACACCGGUAACACUGCUUUGACCCCCAGAGCUUUGGCUGCACCAGGCAGUCCAACGGAUAACACAAGGUCUGAGGACAACUGCUGCUCAGGAUCGACCAGCGACAGAAGUUCUCCUGCCGUAUCAGAACCGAUAACAGACGACAGCGACGAAACCGAAAGGAAAAUGAGCGACAGCAACCUGUUAGAUGACACAGACGAGGCUCCAGGUGGCUUUGACGCGCGCUCUGACGCAUCCUCCGAGCCAAACCCGACACGGAAGAAGAAGACCCGGACAGUGUUCAGCCGCAGUCAGGUGUUUCAGCUGGAGUCCACCUUCGACGUGAAACGGUACCUGAGCAGCUCGGAGAGGGCGGGGCUGGCUGCAUCCCUUCACCUGACAGAGACCCAGGUCAAGAUCUGGUUCCAGAACCGGAGGAACAAAUGGAAACGGCAGCUGGCGGCGGACCUUGAGGUUGUACAUAUUCCAAACCAGCGAGUAGUCAGGGUCCCCAUUCUGUAUCAUGACGGAACUGGAGCCAGUACUGCACUGGGUUUUAACUUGAACGGACAUGAGAUGUUCUCCAACUCCAUCACCUAUCCUCUGUCCUCCUUGGCCCACUCCAUGAGCAUAUUGAGAUCACAGAUGAGCGGCCUGGUGUAAGGACACAUCUAAUUACAGUCUUUGGUUUAUGUACAGUGCAGUCGUAGACAAGUGUGGAUGGCAUCCAAAGAAAUCAUGCAAAGUAACGAGUCAUUUUUUUGCAUAUUUGUAUAUAUACUUAACAAGUGUGUGUUUACUAUUGUCAGCACAUAUAGUUUAUUAGUGCACGCUCUCAGUGUACUAUUUGAACACAUCUAUUUUUGUCUCCAAACUUUUAUAUAAAAAAAACACAUACAUUGUCAAUAUUAUAAU